AUGCAGCGACAGAUAAUGCCUCCCCCUGGCUGGGGACAGUUGCCACCUGCCCCUGGCUUGGGCCAGAUACCACCUCCCCCUGGGUCGAGUCAGAUACCACCUCCCCCUGGUUGGGGACAGGGUUGGGGUUGGUGGGGAGGUGGAGGCAGGGGUGGGGGUGGGGAGGAGGGAGAGGAGGGGGGGGAGGGGGGGGAGGGAGUCAGGGGGGCGAGAAAGAGACAGAGGAGAGUCAGUUUUUGGGAUGGGGGCAUUGCGAGGGGAGGUGGAGGGGUGUGGGGGGAGGGUGGAGGGCCGGCAGUGGAUGGGGGGAUGGGGAGCGGUGGGAGGAGGAUGGACGGGCGGAUGGGUGGACGAGUGCUGAAGGGGGAGGAAGAAGUGGAGAAGGUGAGGUGUGGCGAGAGGGGCGUGCAAGGAAAGGCUGACUGUGGACUGCCCAGUGCGCAUCUCCGUGACCCGCACGCACUGCAUGGUUACCCUUCCCACUGCAUGGUUAUCCUUCCCACUGCAUGGUUACCCUUCUCACUGCAUGGUUAUCCUUCCCACUGCAUGGUUAUCCUUCCCACUGCAUGGUUAUCCUUCCCACUGCAUGGUUAUCCUUCCCACUGCAUGGUUAUCCUUCCCACUGCAUGGUUACCCUUCUCACUGCAUGGUUACCCUUCCCACUGCAUGGUUAUCCUUCCCACUGCAUGGUUAUCCUUCCCACUGCGCCUUGCCACUCUCUUCAUACCUUCCUCUCUCCGCCCUCCCAUGCAGGACCCGCGUCUCCUGCGCUCUCGCCUGACAGUGGACUGGCUUGUGCGCAUCGCUGAAACUCGCGGGCACCGCAUGGCUGGCCUCUGUGCCCCUUCCCUCUCUCCUUUCCCACCUUUGCUUGCCCUCUCUUCUUGUCCCCUCUCUGCCUUCCCCUCCAGGACCCUCGCCUCCUGCGCUCUCGCCACACGGUUGACUGGCUUUUGUGUAUGGCCAAGACUUGCAGGCAGACCCGCGUCUGCUGCGCUCUCGCCUCACGGUGGACUGGCUCGUGCGCAUCGCCGACACCCGCACGCACUGCAUGGCGUCUGCCCCGCUGCACUCCCUCCGUAUGCCCUCAACUCAACGCAUGCCCUCAAGUCAAAGUAUGCCCUCAACUCAAAGUAUGCCCUCAACUCAAAGCAUGCCUUCAACUCAAAGUAUGCCCUCAACUCAAAGUAUGCCCUCAACUCAAAGUAUGCCCUCAACUCAAUGCAUGCCCUCAACUCAAAGCAUGCCCUCAACUCAACGCAUGCCCUCAACUCAACGCAUGCCCUCAACUCAACGCAUGCCCUCAACUCAAAGUAUGCCCUCAACUCAACGCAUGCCCUCAAGUCAAAGUAUGCCCUCAACUCAAAGUAUGCCCUCAACUCAAAGCAUGCCUUCAACUCAAAGUAUGCCCUCAACUCAAAGUAUGCCCUCAACUCAAAGUAUGCCCUCAACUCAAAGCAUGCCCUCAACUCAAAGCAUGCCCUCAACUCAACGCAUGCCCUCAACUCAACGCAUGCCCUCAACUCAACGCAUGCCCUCAACUCAAAGUAUGCCCUCAACUCAACGCAUGCCCUCAAGUCAAAGUAUGCCUUCAACUCAAAGUAUGCCCUCAACUCAAAGCAUGCCUUCAACUCAAAGUAUGCCCUCAACUCAAAGUAUGCCCUCAACUCAAAGCAUGCCCUCAACUCAAAGCAUGCCCUCAACUCAAAGCAUGCCCUCAACUCAAAGCAUGCCCUCAACUCAAAGCAUGCCCUCAACUCAAAGCAUGCCCUCAACUCAAAGCAUGCCCUCAACUCAAAGCAUGCCCUCAACUCAACGCAUGCCCUCAACUCAACGCAUGCCCUCAACUCAACGCAUGCCCUCAACUCAACGCAUGCCCUCAACUCAAAGUAUGCCCUCAACUCAACGCAUGCCCUCAAGUCAAAGUAUGCCCUCAACUCAAAGUAUGCCCUCAACUCAAAGCAUGCCUUCAACUCAAAGCAUGCCUUCAACUCAAAGUAUGCCCUCAACUCAAAGUAUGCCCUCAACUCAAAGUAUGCCCUCAACUCAAAGCAUGCCCUCAACUCAAAGCAUGCCCUCAACUCAACGCAUGCCCUCAACUCAACGCAUGCCCUCAACUCAAAGCAUGCCCUCAACUCAAAGUAUGCCCUCAAGUCAAAGUAUGCCCUCAACUCAAAGUAUGCCCUCAACUCAAAGUAUGCCCUCAACUCAAAGCAUGCCUUCAACUCAAAGUAUGCCCUCAACUCAAAGUAUGCCCUCAACUCAAAGUAUGCCCUCAACUCAAAGCAUGCCCUCAACUCAACGCAUGCCCUCAACUCAACGCAUGCCCUCAACUCAACGCAUGCCCUCAACUCAACGCAUGCCCUCAACUCAAAGUAUUCCCUCAACUCAAAGCAUGCCCUCAACUCAAAGUAUGCCCUCAACUCAAAGUAUGCCUUCAACUCAAAGUAUGCCUUCAACUCAAAGUAUGCCCUCAACUCAAAGCAUGCCCUCAACUCAAAGCAUGCCCUCAACUCAAAGCAUGCCCUCAACUCAAAGCAUGCCCUCAACUCAAACAUGCCCUCAACUCAAGCAUGCCCUCAACUCAAGCAUGCCCUCAACUCAACGCAUGCCCUCAACUCAACGCAUGCCCUCAACUCAACGCAUGCCCUCAACUCAACGCAUGCCCUCAACUCAACGCAUGCCCUCAACUCAACGCAUGCCCUCAACUCAAAGCAUGCCCUCAACUCAAAGUAUGCCCUCAACUCAAAGUAUGCCCUCAACUCAAAGUAUGCCCUCAACUCAAAGUAUGCCCUCAACUCAAAGUAUGCCCUCAACUCAAAGUAUGCCCUCAACUCAAAGUAUGCCCUCAACUCAAAGUAUGCCCUCAACUCAAAGUAUGCCCUCAACUCAAAGUAUGCCCUCAACUCAAAGUAUGCCCUCAACUCAAAGUAUGCCCUCAACUCAAAGUAUGCCCUCAACUCAAAGUAUGCCCUCAACUCAAAGUAUGCCCUCAACUCAAACGACCUGCAGGAGGGUGAGGAAGAUGAAGGGGAAAGAGGCAGCAGCGGCCAAGGGAGUGGCAGCAGCUGGGAGGAUGAAGACGAGGAGGAGCAGGAGGAGGAAAAGGAGGAUGAGGGUUGGGAGGAUAACGAGGAGAGAAGGGAAGGAGGAAGGAGGAGAGGGGGGAGAGGAGGCAGAGGUCGGGGAGUGGAGGGGAGAUGUACACGUGGAACCAGAGGGGGAAGAGGGGGGAGAGGGGGGAGAUGGGGGGGCAGGGGGAGAGGGCGAGGCGGAGGGAGGGGAGGGGCGAAGCGGCCGUUAGAGGCUCUUGCGCGGGCCAACCUUCCCAAUCUCAUUUUUGCUAAAAUACCGGGAGCCUUUUCCUUCACUCCAGGGCCUUCCAGAGCGCUUCAGGCACAGCAGGAUGUGGUGCUGCGAGUUGAGGUGCUACAGCAAGAGAAGCGGCAACUCAAAGGGCAGGAGUUCCUGGUGCUGGGAAGCCAGCCGCUCACUGCCCUAAGGGAUCGCAUCUACUGCCUGCAGGACCGGAUCGCGAGGGAGCACGGCAAGUCGGUGCCGUCUGGGUGCUUCUGUGUUGAGGACGUUUUCUAUGACGACAUGCGGCAGCCCGGUGCAGUGCGGUACAGCGCGGUGAUCGUCAAGUGGAACAGGGAGAAGCGGGCGGCAUGGUCGAUGCUGGACGAGAGGGAGCGCCGCCGCAACACCCCCCUCGCCCGCCUGCCGCUGCCCGCCCCCGUGCGCGCCAUGGCCAUGGGCGCCUUGGGCGGCAUGGGUGGCAUGGGAUCAGUGGGAUCGUUGGGAACAAGCCUCACGUUUCAGGAGCAUUCCGAGCAGCAAGAGCAGACUGGCCAACAGCACAGUUGUUUUCAGCAACAGCAUUUCCAGCAGCAGAGGGUGCGGUUGAGUCUAGGGGACGCCCCUCCCCCACAGUAUUCAGCUGCGAGAAUGGAGACGACACGGUUCAGAGACCUGACAGUGCGGCCAGGGGCGCUCUAUGUGUACAUGCACCAGGGUGCAUGCAAGCAUGCCUUUCGCAUCACAGACAUUCGCCUGCUACACCCUCUCGAUCAUCUAAACGCGUCCGAUUACCCCCUUCUCUCACACGAGCCCCACUGCUACCUGCGCCGCUGCAGCGUGUGCGAUGUGAAUGCAAGCACACGAGUGCGGAAGGACGUCGCGAAAGAUCCGCUGUUGCUGCGAGUGGCUCGAGGCGAAGAAGCGGAGCGUACGCCAGUCUGGUUGCUCCGCCAGUCAGGCCGUUACCUGGAAGACUUCAGAAGGCUCUCAGAAGGUUAUUCAUUCAGGGAUCGUCUCGAGAACCCCGAGCUGGUAACCGAGCUGUCGCUGCUGCCGUGGCGAAAGUUCGCGACGGACGCGGUGGUGCUGUUUUCGGACGUGCUGGCCGUGCUGCCGGGCGUGGGUCUCGAGUUCGACAUGGUGCGGGGGAGGGGCGCUGUCGUCGCCACGCCCGUGCGAUCGCGCGAGGACCUCAUGCGUUUAAGGCCUUUGGACGACCCGGACUCGCAGCUGCCGUACCUCCGCCCCGUGCUCAACGCUCUCAGGCGCGAAACCGCCGCUGCCGCCGCCGCCGCCGCCGCCGCCGCCGCCACCGCCACCAGCAACAGCAGGGACAGUAGCGGAUGCGACAGUAUCGGGGACAGGGACGGCGGGGCGGCGGUGAUGGGGUUCGUGGGAGCGCCGUGGAGCGUGGUGGCGCACGCAGUGGAGGGGCAAGCGGACCAGAACCUGUUCCUCACGAAGCUGAUGAUGAUGCACGACCCCGAGUUGCUGCACGACAUUCUCGCCUUCUUCGAGGAUGCCCUUUUCGCCCUCGCCGUCCACCAGAUUGACUGCGGCGCGCAGAUCAUCCAAGUGUUCGACUCGUGGGCGCACCACCUCUCCCCACAGCAAUUCGCCGCCUUCUCCCUGCCCUACACCAACCGCCUCGUCUCGCGCAUCCAAUCCGCCCGUCCGCACGCUCCCGUCCUCCUGCAAACCAUUGGCAGCACGGGCAAACUCCACCUCAUCGCCGAAAACUGCCCCGCAAACAUAGUCGGGCUGGACUGGGGGUGCGAUAUGAGUGAGGCGCGGAGGCUGUUUGGGGAAGGCGUGGUGCUGCAGGGGAAUGUGGACCCAAUGGCAUUGCUGGGACCUAGGGAAUAUCUGAGGGAGGCUGUAGCGGAGUGUAUCAAGCAGGGCGGAGGGUCGCGCCACGUGCUGAAUAUCGGCCAUGGGGUUGUGCAGGAUACUCCCGAGGAAGCGGUGGCGCUGUUUUGCCAGCUGGCGAGAGAAGAGAGUGCGAGGUUCCGGGCUGGGAGUGCAGCUUCCGAGCCUGUGGGCCGCGCCCAACCCAGCGAGGCGUUUGUCCAGAGCGCAGGGAAAGACACUGACAGAACAGGUCGUGCCCAUACCAGUCAGGCUGCUUCGAAUGAUGCCAUUGCUGCUAUUCAUGCGACCUGGGGUGUGGGGGACACGGUGCCUAAAGGUGUGGCUGCUGCUGCAGCCUUCCCGUCGCUCUCAUCAGCACUGCUCGCCUCGGCCCGCCACUCGCUAUCGUCGCUGUCAAGUCCGUCUAGGAGGCGCCGCUAUACCAGUGGCUGUUGA